ACGAGAGAGAGAGAACAAGAGAGAGAGAACGAGAGAGAGAACGAACGAGAGAGAGAACGAGAGAACGAACGAGAGAGAGAGAACGAACGAGAGAGAGAGAACGAACGAGAGAGAGAGAACGAACGAGAGAGAGAGAGAGAGAGAACACGAAGGAGAGAGAGAGAGAGAACACGAAGGAGAGAGAGAACACGAGAGAGAGAGAACGAGAGAACGAGAGAGAGAAGGGGAGAGAGAGAGAAGGAGAGAGAGAGAGAACACGAGAAAGAGAGAGAACACGAGAGAGAGAACGAGAGAACACGAAGGAGAGAGAGAGAGAGAGAACACGAAGGAGAGAGAGAGAACACGAGAGAGAGAGAAGGGGAGAGAGAGAAGGGGAGAGAGAGAGAAGGGGAGAGAGAGAGAAGGAGAGAGAGAAGGGGAGAGAGAGAGAGAGAAGGGGAGAGAGAAGGGGAGAGAACGAGAGAGAGAGAGAACGAGAGAGAGAGAGAGAGAGAACGAGAGAAUGAGAGAGAGAGAGAACACGAGAGAGAGAGAACACGAAUGAGAGAGAGAGAGAACACGAAUGAGAGAGAGAGAACACGAGAGAGAGAGAGAACAAGAGAGAACGAGAGAAUGAGAGAGAGAGAGAGAGAGAACACGAAUGAGAGAGAGAGAGAGAGAACACGAACACGAAUGAGAGAGAGAGAGAACACGAAUGAGAGAGAGAGAGAACACGAGAGAGAGAGAGAUCACGAGAGAGAGAGAGAGAUCACGAGA